AUGAAGCUGAAGAUCUGGUCCUGGAGUGAAUUUCACGACUGUGCGUGCCGGCAGUGCAAGGAGAGGUCGACGGAGUGGGCGGAGCAUGUGGAGGAGCAACGGGCGAGGAUGGAGCGGAAGAGGGAAGGGAGGAUUGAUGAGGACUUGAUGAAGAUGCGGGAGAAAGACGUCAAAGAUAUCGUGCAGAAGCUCGAGAUUGAGAAGCCGAAGAAGUGA